CGCCGGGCGCGAUCCAGAGCCGCAGACCCAGGCCUGCCCGGGGCGGCCGGGGCCACCGACGAGGAGUUGACCUUAUGGAAAUUUGCUUAACAUUCUCUUGAUGCAGUUGUUUAGCACACCAUGUGGCUGUUUCUCAGAUGAUAUCACUGAUGCAUCACCUAAUUCAGUAAUACUUGGGAAAAGUUUAGUAUGGCCCUUCUCUCUAGGGAUGGUGGAGUUGGAUGACGAAGGCUUCUUUAACCCUCCUCCAGGAUGAACCACCUGCCCGAAGACAUGGAGAAUUCUCUGACUGGAAGCCAGAGCUCCCAUGCUUCUAUGCGUGAUGUCCAUUCCAUUAACCCCACCCAGCUCAUGGCCAGGAUUGAGUCCUAUGAAGGAAGGGAAAAGAAAGGCAUAUCUGAUGUCAGGAGGACUUUCUGUUUGUUUGUCACCUUUGACCUCUUAUUUGUAACAUUACUGUGGAUAAUAGAAUUAAAUGUGAAUGGGGGCAUUGAGAACACGCUGAGGAAGGAGGUGAUCCAUUAUGACUACUACUCCUCUUACUUUGACAUAUUUCUGUUGGCAGUUUUCCGAUUUAAGGUGUUGGUACUUGCCUAUGCUGUGUGCAGGCUGCGGCACUGGUGGGCAAUAGCGUUGACGACAGCAGUGACCAGUGCCUUUUUAUUAGCAAAAGUGAUCCUCUCAAAGCUUUUCUCUCAAGGGGCAUUUGGCUAUGUGCUGCCCAUCAUUUCAUUCAUCCUUGCUUGGAUUGAGACGUGGUUCUUGGACUUCAAAGUGUUACCUCAGGAAGCAGAAGAAGAAAACAGACUCCUGAUCGUUCAGGAUACAUCAGACAGGGCUGUCCUUGUCCCUGCAGGGCUUUCUGAUGGUCAGUUUUAUUCUCCUCCUGAGUCUGAAGCAGGAUCUGAAGAAGCAGCUGAGGAAAAGCAGGACAGUGAGAAGCUGCUUCUAGAGCUCUGAGGUUUGCUUUGUGAAUGUGAAGAAUCCUCAUUGCAAGCCAUCCAAGGAAAAAUGGCAGAGAUGGUGUUUCCCAUUAACAGUUGAAAUGGUGACAUCCACCCACUGCUGGCUUUGUUGAUCGGCUGAUGAAGUUAUUUAUGGUGAUACCUCAUGGACAUUGAUUGCCCCAGCUCCACUCAGUUCAGCCCCUGCCUGUGGCCACCAGGUCAUGCUGUGAUCCUUCCUUUGUUCAUGGAGACUCUGAUCUGUUAAUGAGUAACUGAAAGUCUUGUGCUGUGUCUGAAUCAAAGACUUCUUAAUAUAUUGAAACAACACUUUUGUAGUAAGCAAAAUGCCUUUUUGUUUCAAUUUGCAAAAUGGAAAUUUUUUGUUUAAUGUUUCUGAUUUCUUUUGUAUUUCUUUUUUAACACCCUACAUUUCCUUAUUUUUUUU